GGGCCCGGCCGCCUGCAGCGCUGCUGGAGCUGCGUCACCCAACGCCACGCCGGCGCGGACGGCGCUGAGGGGGUCCCGACGUGGAGGCCGCCCCGAGGGGAGCAGGCACGAAACCCGGCCGCGCCGCUCCGAGGAGAUGCGGCGGCGGCUGCUCGGCACCGUGGCGCCCGUGGCGACAGACAAGGUUGCAGGAAAGCUGAGCUCUACACUCUCAUGGGUGAAGAACACUGUAUCGCACAGAGUCAGUCAAAUGGCCAGUCAGGUGGCAAGUCCAUCUGCCUCAUUACACACUACAUCCUCCUCUACCACUCUAUCCACACCAGCAUUAUCGCCAUCCUCACCAGCACAGCUGAGUCCAGAUGACUUGGAAUUACUGGCUAAACUUGAAGAACAGAACAGACUUUUGGAGACUGAUAGCAAAUCCUUGCGAUCGGUAAAUGGAUCAAGAAGAAAUAGUGGAUCUUCUCUUGUAUCUAGUUCAUCAGCUUCUAGCAAUCUCAGCCAUCUUGAAGAAGACUCAUGGAUCCUGUGGGGGAGAAUUGUAAAUGAAUGGGAAGAUGUACGGAAAAAGAAAGAGAAGCAAGUUAAGGAGCUUGUUCGAAAAGGGAUACCUCAUCAUUUCAGAGCAAUCGUUUGGCAACUCUUAUGCAGUGCUCAAAGCAUGCCAAUUAAGGAUCAGUAUUCAGAGCUGUUGAAAAUGACUUCUCCUUGUGAGAAACUAAUAAGAAGGGACAUUGCUAGAACAUACCCCGAACAUGAUUUUUUUAAAGAAAAAGACAGCCUUGGACAGGAGGUUUUAUUUAAUGUAAUGAAGGCUUACUCUUUAGUAGAUCGUGAGGUUGGAUACUGUCAAGGAAGUGCUUUUAUAGUGGGAUUACUGCUUAUGCAGAUGCCAGAAGAAGAGGCAUUUUGUGUAUUUGUGAAAUUAAUGCAAGAUUACAGACUACGAGAACUGUUUAAACCAAGCAUGGCUGAGCUGGGCCUUUGUAUGUACCAGUUUGAAUGCAUGAUACAGGAGCAUCUUCCAGAGCUUUAUGUGCACUUUCAGUCUCAGAGUUUCCACACUUCUAUGUAUGCAUCAUCAUGGUUUUUAACUAUAUUUCUUACAACUUUUCCACUACCAAUUGCAACAAGAAUAUUUGAUAUCUUUAUGUCUGAGGGUUUAGAGAUAGUAUUUCGAGUAGGUUUAGCAGUUCUUCAGAUGAAUCAAGCAGAGUUACUGCAACUUGACAUGGAAGGAAUGUUACAGCACUUUCAAAAGGUCAUUCCACAUCAGUUUGACAGUGGUCCAGACAAAUUAAUCCAAGCAUCUUACCAAGUCAAAUACAAUGCAAAAAAGAUGAAAAAGUUAGAAAAGGAAUACACUACAAUAAAAACAAAAGAAAUGGAAGAACAAGUUGAAAUUAAAAGGUUACGAACUGAAAAUAGGCUCUUGAAACAGCGCAUCGAAACAUUAGAAAAAGAAAGUGCUUCCUUGGCAGAUAGAUUGAUACAGGGACAAGUGACAAGGGCCCAGGAGGCUGAGGAAAACUACCUCAUAAAACGGGAGCUGGCCACCAUCAAACAGCAGAGUGAUGAGGCCAUUACUAAGCUGGAGCAAGCUGAGAAUACCAUCAGGGAGCUCCAGCAGCAGCAGCAAUGGCAUAAAUGCAGUUCACGAUACAGUGAAGACUUUGUGCUACAGCUGGAAAAAGAGUUGGUCCAAGCCAGGCUGAGUGAAGCUGAGUCCCACUGUGCCCUGAAGGAGAUGCAAGAUAAAGUUCUAGAGAUGAAAAAGAGGAACAGCUCUCUACCUGAUGAAGAAAAUGUUGCUAGACUACAAGAAGAACUGAUUGCAGUAAAAUUAAGAGAAGCAGAGGCUCUGAUGGGUCUCAAAGAACUACGGCAGCAAGUCAAAGAUUUGGAGGAGCACUGGCAGCGUCAUCUAGCUCGCACAACUGGAAGAUGGAAAGAUCCUCCCAGAAAAAACACAGUGAAUGAACUACAGGAUGAGCUCAUGACAGUCCGACUGAGAGAAGCAGAAACUCAGGCAGAACUAAGAGAGAUCAAACAAAGAAUGAUGGAGAUGGAAACACAGAGUCAGAUCAACAGUAACCACUUACGGAGGGCAGAACAAGAGGUUAGCAACCUACAGGGUAAAGUACAGUAUCUUUCUGCACAGAACAAAGGACUUCUUGCUCAGUUGAGUGAAGCAAAACGAAGGCAAGCAGAGAUUGAAUGCAAGAGCAAAGAAGAAGUGAUGGCAGCAAGGCUCCGUGAGGCAGACCGCAUUGCAGCUGUGGCUGAGCUCCAGCAGCAUAUUGCUGAAUUAGAAAUCCAGAAAGAAGAAGGAAAAAUUCAAGGACAGCUUAAUAAAUCUGAUUCUAACCAGUAUAUCAGAGAGCUAAAAGAUCAGAUAGCUGAGCUGCAUCAUGAGAUUCCUCUAUGAAGUGGAUCUCUUUGUGUUCUGAGGCAGACAUGGAAAGGAAAAAAGGUUCAUCUUUUCUAAGGUAUUUAAUGCAGAUCUCUUGAGGUCUACAGUAAUACUCUAAUUUCUUCAGUUUUUAAAUCUAGCGAUAAAUACUGCAUUGAAGAAAUCAAAAUGGUUUGAGAGAGAGAUGUGUGAAAGGCCAUCUGUCUUUCAUAUGGACAUCAGGGAAGGGGAGCCCAUGCAGUCCCUCUCAGCUGCUGUCUUCCAAACAGCAAGUCCAUGUCCUCCUGUGUUCCACAGGAGGGACAGUGGUUAUCUGGCAACUGGAGCAAGUUGAGCAAAUAGGAAUUCCUGGAUUCAGCACCUGUGUUCCAGCCUGGUUGGUUUGGGCCUCUUGAAUCAUCAUCAUAAUUUGCAGUAUUGAUUGCUGAUGGCUGUUAUAUACAAGUUAACAAUCGUAAUUAGGAUUGUAUCUAUAGCCAUAGCGUUAAAAAAUGCUAAUGUUAAGUGAAACAGGAAAUUCACCAAUACUGAAAUAAAAGCCACAACCUUGAGCUUUGUCCUAAUAGACUUGCAAUCAUAACACAUUUUUAGUUUAACAAACUAGACUAAGUUUGUUUAGAAAAUGUCAUUGGGUUUCUUCACAGAGAAUGCUGUCUUAUGCGUUGAUGACUUAUUUUACAGAUAAUCUUGAGAGCUAUACAAAUUGACAGGAAGUUCUCAAAAGACUGUCCUCUAUCUCUUGCAUAUGAGCCACAUGUUUGGGUAAAAUCUGCCUCCUGAUUGAGGAAAAUGAGAUGUCUUUAAAGUUCUCUUUUGUGUUAAUUUUUUUCUUUAGGAUUAGCACUUAUAGUAAGUAAUACUUUUCAAAGAGCAGUAAACAAUAGCAUUUUGUGAAAAUGCUUUAAUAUAGUUCCCUCACAAAACACACCUAGCAAUCUCCUUUAUAUAAGGAAGCUGCAUAUGUAAGAGGUUGUUUGGGGAACUUUCAAAAACCUCAUUUGCACUACAACCAUUAAAGCUUGCUAAGGAUUGUUUUAAGUGAUGGAUUGCUAAUAUUAGUUUCUGCAGCUACUAGGUUUAGCUUGUGAUGUCUCCACUUGUGCAGAGCUCAUGUUGUGAUGGUUUCGAUAUGAAUGUGGCUUGCUGUGGAAGUGCAACCUUAACAAGUUUAAAAACAGGCUUCAGAGAGCUUAAGACCUCUAAGGACACUCUUACAUUCAUGGAGGUGAAAAAGUAGUAUGGUAAAGGCCUGUAACCUUAACUUUUUGUUUGCUCAUUCUCUUUGAGUGCAUCUGCAGAAACAUUUGUGUUAUGAUACCUACUGGAUGUAAUACUGACAUUCAUCUCUUGAGUUGAGACUUAUUUCCUAUUCAUUCUGGCUGCAGUGCUAUGACUGCUUUAUUUUCUUUGAGAUAAACAUUUAUCUGAAUGAAAUUGUUGGAGUUUUUUUAAAGGGAUAGCGUGCUAGUGUAUGUCUUAAAAUGGAGUGCACGCUCUCACAACAUGAGGGUCAGCAGUGAGUAGCAGCCAACUGUUGUAAGUGUAAGGGAUCUCAUUUUACACUGUGGAUCAUUAGUCUCAAACUUUUAAGAAUUCCAGUUACAUUGCUUUUAUCCAUGUUAAAUAGAAUGUAAUGGAUCUUAAACUUAACUGAUACUUUUACUUUACUUGUAGUUAGACUUUUUGACUGUUAAAUCACUUUCGAUGUUCCCAAGUUGACAGUGUUUUACUGGAUUAUAGGAUAGGUAUUUGAAAACACUUAUGAUUUGUUUCUUUUUGGCUAAACAUGGUUAUACUGUAUUUUCAGCAAUGUUUUAGUUUUCUUUUGCAUCAUCUCUGUUGUAUAACCAGGAAAUGUUACUGAGUUUUACUACUAUUAUUAAAGUAGAGAUGUAUAAAGAAAGGCUUCUGAUUUUUAGGUGGUACUUCCUGUUUAGGAGAACCACUGAAAUUUCAGCAACUUUAUUUUUAAAAUAUGAAUUUAGCAUGCUAUCUUCUACCAAAACUAAUUUUAUUCACUGAAGGCAUUUUAUAUUUUGAUCGUAUUUUGAUCUCACUUGUGUAUUGCAUGGUUACUCUAUUGUGAAUAGAUUGAAUAUUUACUGGCAAGUAUUGUUAAGAUCAUUCUUCAUCACUUCAGAAUUGGGUAAAUUUCAAGAAUAGGUCACUGAAGCCUUUAAAAGGAAACAGACUAACACUUUAGAAUUUGACUUCUUUCCACCACUGAAUUUCUAGCUAAAAAUCUCACAGGUUCCAAAAUCAGAAUGUCUCCUAGAAUUUAAGUAGAACUUCUUAUCACAUAGUCCUACUUUAAAAUUUGACUGAUGUUCUAUAUUUAAAAAUCAAAGGGGCUUAAAAAUUGAAUUUGUUUGCAACUGACUGGCAUCCGUCAUUUAAAAUGGAGGAAGUUUUCAAUUGUAUUAAAAGCUCUAAAUUUCUCUUUACUCUCUCUCCUUCAUGCCUGGCUUGAUGAGGCAGUCAACAUCAGGUAAGAAAGCUUAUUUUGAGGUCCAAGGAUCUGAUUUUUAAUACGCUGUCUGCCUUUUUUCAGUCCUCUGAAUUUGUGAAGGUAUGCUGUUACCCUUUAAGAGUAUGUGUAAUUAGGGUCUUUUCAUAUGUUGAAGUAGGAUAUACAGUUUGUCUUUAAAAUAUUUAAUUCUUUAGGUACAAGAAAACAUAUAAAAGCAAACAUCAUCAUUAUUAAGAUUUUGUUCUUGAUCCAGCCAGCUUUUGAAAGAAUGAUGAUGAAAUGUUUUGGUUGGACAACAUUACUAGUUCUUUGAAAUGUCCUAAAGACCAUGCGAUUAGUGACACGCUACCACGUGUAGUGAAAACUGGGUUAAAGCUAGUCAUCUAGACGAGAGCAAUCUUGAUUUGAGAUUUAAAAGCAAUACAUGUGAGUUUACCAGACCUGUCUUUUUUACAGACCUGAUCAGAUCUGAGAUUCUUGUGAAACUGAAGCAUUAAGAAACAACAGAGAUUCAGGUGAAUGCCACCAAUCAGGGGUUAAGAGGUCUAGUUUUUUUUCAUACAAAGGACAGACAGCCCCAACACUGAAACACUUUAACUAGUUGGUUCUUUCACAAAAGAAAACGGAAGUGGUGUAUAUCUGUGGUAUAAGUCCAUAUUCUGCUGAGACUGAUGCAAGGAAGAGGCCAUUCCUUUUUCCUGAGGGUGGAAUAAUUUUACUGUUAAGGACAGAGAGAAAAGAAGUGUGUGUUUUUUCUUUUUUCUGGGCCCUUGCCCAGACUUCCCAUGACUUUGAUAUGCUUGGCUACUUUAACAAAAAGACCUUGGCAUGAUGCUUUACUUCCUACUUUAAGCUCUUUUUCAUGUUCAAGUAACAUGCUGGUGGCAAGGAUCUCCAGAAUUCUCUCUUAAAAUUGAGUGAGCAAAAUGGUACAGCAGAUGAGCUUCAAUGGAAAUAAAUUUAAGGUAAUUUAUCUAUGGAAAAAUCUAAGCCAUACUUACAUAAUGGCAAACAUAGAAUUGGUGGUUACACUUCAGGAAAGAUGUUUUGGAGUCAUCACUGAGAGUCUUCUGACGUCAUUGGCUUAAUAUGCACCAGCAGCAGACAGAACAGCCCAGACAAUGUUUGGCAUCAACAGGAAGUAUAUUAAGAACAGCAUAGUGGGUGUACUGCUGGUCCCCACACCUCAAGCUGGAUGUAAAGAAGUUAAAGAAGGUACAUAAAAGGGCAACUGAAUGAUUAACAGGCUUAAGCUGCUACUUUGAGGAGAGACUAGAAGGGCUGGGACUCAUCAGUUUGGAGAGAAGGGUUAUGAUCAAGGCUUAAGAAUCAUGACUGCAGAACUGUUUUUUGACCAGUCCUCUGCAUUACUAGAGCUGGGGGGUACUUACUAAAACAAGUAGGAGGUGAGUUUAAAACAGCUAAAGGAAUUCCUGGAACUUACUGCCCCAGGAAGCUGUGGAGGUAGAAGUAUUAGCAAGUCUGAAAACUCAGUCAUGGACAAACUACCUGUAAAUGGAUGCUGAAACCAUUAGGCAGAGCUGUACUGUCUGCUACAGCAGUUGUAGAUCAGUGAGUGGGGCCUGGGAAUAUGAAUGGAAUGGACUGUAAAAAUUGGCCAUGUUCACAGAAUUGCAGAACAUGAGGUUAGAAGAGACCUUUAGAGAUCACCUAAUUCAUAUGCUGUCCCUUUAAAAAAAAAAAAGAAAAAAAGAAAAAAAGAAAAAAGAAAAAGAAAAAAAAAAGCAAACAAAAGUUCCGUUGUCACUGUUGGAAUACUGAGCUAAUGGACCAUGGUAGUAUACAGUAACAGGAAUAUACAUUGUGUUGGUCAUGCUUUUUAUGCAUCAUGGAAUCAGAAUUAUUCAAGUUGAAAGGGAUCCUGGGAGGUCUCUAGUCCAGCAGCCCACUCAAAACAGGGUCAACACUGAAUUUGGACCAGGUUGCUUAGGGCUUCAUCUGAUCAGGUGUUGAAAACUGCUGAACAUGGAGAGUCCACAGACUUUCUGGGCAACCUGUUCGAAUGCUCACUGAUCCUUUUUGCAUUUUUUUUUCCUUUCAAUUCAAACUCCUGUUUUGAGUGAUGAUCAGUGUCUCACCUCCAGCAUGCACUUCAGUAAAGAGCCUGGCUUUCUCUUCUUAGUAUCCUCCUCUUACAUACUUAAAGGCUAUUAAGUGUCCCCCUUCUCCAACUUCUCGAGGUUAAACAAGACCAGUUCCCCUGGCCUGUCAUCCUUGGACAUGAACUCCAGCCCCUUGACUGCCUUAGUGCCCUUCCACUAAAUCUACUCAUCAACUUCUUGCAUUGAGGGAGGAGUGGGAUGACAGAAUUCAAAAUGGAGCAGAUUCAGUCUAAUGAGUACCAGCUAAAGAAGAACAAUUACUUCCUGUGAUGUACUGGCUAUGCCUUUGUCAGUACAACCCAGUAUGCUGGUAACUUUCACUGCUGGAGGACACAGCUGAUCCAUGUUGAGCCUAUGGUCUGUCAGGACCCCCAGAUCCUCUUCAGUAGAGUUGCUACUGAGCCAGUCAAUCCCCAUAACAAAAAUUCUAUGUUACAGUGUUUGUUAGUCCUUCUAGCUGGGCUGACCAUUUUUCAAGCAGAUGGAGAAGGGCUUGCAUUGCAGUUAUGUGACUACAUGACUGUGCAGACUUGUUGCAUAUAUUGUGUACAGUACAUUCAUGUUUGUUGCUAGAGGUCUGGUUCCCCUUGGAUGUGAGAAGUACCUGAGAGCAGGCAAACAGGCUGCAGGCCAAAAGUGCUUCUGGAAGGUCACAGGUUGUGCAUCCUUUCAUUAAAGUAGCAAAAGACAUCAUCAGACUAUUUGUCCAGACUCAGUUUAGAAUUUGGCAAAGGCUGUGUCUGUUUAUGAAUUUUUUCACUAACAGCCUUUUCCACACAGUCAUAUUUGGUGUUUGGAAAGGAUCCUACUUAAAACUAUGAAGCCAUGUUUCUGUCAUGUUACCUAAAUAUGUUCAUCUGAAGGUAUAAUGUAUUGAAGAAGUCUUCAGGAAAACAGUUGAGAUCUGUGGCUUGGCUUUCCAAAUGUUUAAAACAACUACCACUGAAUGUAAGUUCUGUAGUUAAGGUAAACCAGUGGUUAGCAGUGCAGACCUAAAAAGCACAUGAUUUCUUACUUUAAUAUAAAAAUUGUAGUCCCUUGUUUGGAAGGGCUUUUUUUCCUGUAGUGGGGGUGGGGAGGAAUUGUUGAUUUGCUCUGUUUUUCUUUUUUUUUGUGUGUGAUUAAAAUUGAUACUUGUUUUGGAAACUCCAUGUGGUAGCUAUCUGACAUGUAUUACAGGAUAUUUCAGCGAUAUUAUUUCUGAGUGCUAAUGUGUAAGAGUCUCUGUAUCAGGCUUUCUGUAUCUAGGUACAUAAACUUGUAAGAACUACUUAUUCUAGAUGCACAUUACUGUCCAAUGUAUAAUAUAUGACAUGAACAGAUUUCACUUACAUCCUGAAUUAUGUUGUGUAAGUGUAGAACUUUUUUUAAAUUUGCCCUUUACACGGGCAAAUUCCUCCUGAAACAACUGCAGCCCAUGUGUAUGAGAAGAAAAUGUAAAGAACAACUUUACGUGUACUUAAAAUGAAAGUCUAGAUCUACAGCAUGUACCAAUAUCCCUAACAUGGACACUGAUGUACAUUAAAAGUGAUGUAAUACCUGCAGCUUUUAAAUGCAGUUAAUACCUAAUUUGAAGGCUUCUAGCAUGAUUGUGAAUCUUGUGGUCUUUUUCUCAUCUUUUGCACAAGCCCAUGGAAGGUACAGAGAUUCCUUCUUCUCUAGAUGAACAGGUAAAACUUUCUAUUGGUAUGAUUAGCAAGGACCUAUAUGCACUAUUUAUUUAUUGAGGUGAAUAUCUUUUCAGAUCUCAGAAACCUCAAAUAGAUUGGUGAUGCAAGCAAAGCAGCUCUUCAGGUUUUUCCAUCCUGCUAUUUUCCACAUCCUUGUUACUGUGAAGAGCUGCUUACAAAGUAAUAUUUGGUGCAUCUUCCUUUUGAAGCUCCCAGAGCAGCUUGAGGAAGUUUCUGUAAAGCAUUUUGAAUGCCCUUCUACAUCCUUAGGGUUUUUAUCAUUAUGCUCUCUUGAACUGUCAAACUGGCUCCAAGGUAGUUGCUACUAUAAGAUAGAAAAGAUGAAAUUCUAAGAAAUAACCUCAAAUAUGUCUUCAGAGAGUUGCAAUUAUUUUCACUAAAUAAAUAGAAGACUUGCCAGACUUUAAAGCUUUAGGUUUUACUUUUGAAUAUCUUGAAUGCAUGGUUAUAAUAGUUUAUCACUCCAGCACAGUGCAUUUAAAGUUAAAUAUGUUCAUCCAUGGUCUGAUCAUCAUUUUUGUUGUUUGAUGUUCUCUUAGAAUUAAAACUAGUCUAUUUAUGCUGUAUGAAGAGAAGUUUCUCUUACCUCGUGAUCUGAAAUCUCAUCUGCGCUGAAUCAGAUAAUGGAAAGACAUUUGGUCUUGCAGUGUAGGCAGAACUAAGUAUUUCUCUUCAAUGCUGGUUUUCUCUGCCUGUAAGAAACAGCAGCAAUAUUCACUAGGGCUCUUUGGAGGGAGAGCAAAGCUUUUUAUUAAGUGAGAAGGGGGAGGUGAUAAGCAGGGGGGAGGAAUGGAGCUGUAAAAGGUAAGACAUGAAGCCCAAAAACACUGACAAAACAGGCUACUGUAGAAAAAGCAACUGCCUAAGCAUCCCUCGUGGGGAUGUUAAAGAUGCAGUAAAUAGCCUAGUGGAAUUUGUCCUUACUGUAGCGGAAUUCGUCCUUACUGUUUCUAGGUACCUCAAUUUUUAUGCUUUCAGACUUAAAUACUCUGGGAGUGGAAGAAGAAUUUUGGAAAGUGUCAAGGACUGUUUAAGACCUCCUUUUGAGGCCUCUGCUUGGGUAGCCAGAAAUGAGAAGUUGCUUUGGCAGUUCUGAUUCCAGCUAAGUUUUCAAGUGAUCAUCAAAUGUGCUCCUUCUAAAUCUCACUUAAUUCAUUAAAGGUUCAGAGACACCUAUUUUGGGGAAAUGUUUUUAUUUCUACUCUUAGACUCUUCAGCUAUGAUUAACUGUUGACUUCUCUCUCUCUCUCUCUCUCUCUCUCUCUCUCUCUCUCUCUCUCUCUCUCUCUCUCUCUUUUUUUUUUUUUUUUUUUUUUUUUUUUUUUUUAACAGAUCAAAUGCCUAAAAGGCCAGAAAGACUUCUCAGACCAACCCACUUU